AUGCGAUUGCUGAUUUUAUCAAUUAUUUUUAGUUUUGGUAAUAUGUUAUCUUUUAAAUUUCUUCUAAAGUUAGUUUCAUGGUUCCUGGAUAACAAUAUAGAAGACCGUAAAAUAAGAGAUAAAAUAGUGCAUUUAAAAAAUGAACAAUCAAAAAUUUCUAUUGUAAAAGAGUUUGCUAAACAUGCAAAGUUGCAGCGACAAAUAAAUAAAUCAAAUGACCAAUUGAAAAAUAAAAUCCGAGAAAAUGCGUCUAAAAAUUUUAAACUGAAAUUUAUUUGCAAAUUAUCAUUAUAUAUUUUCUCUGCAAUUGUAAAUUUCAUAUUUGUUUAUUAUAAUUAUCAUCAAACUGUCCUGAACAAUCUACCUUCUAAUUGGUUUUCACCAUUAUCGUGGUUAGUUAGUUGGCCAUCGUCUCAAGUUGAUACAAUGGGUUUUAUUUUUUGGUAUAGUAUCACCAACUAUGUUGCUAAAGUUACCACUAAUAAUUUAUUAUAAGAAAUAAACAUUUGUAUAUAUAUUGAAUUAUUGAUGUUAAAAAAUCUGUAGAUAA